AUGGAGAAAAGGUGGCUCUUCUCCUUCCUCUGUUUGCUGUUGUUGCACAGCACUGCAGGCCAUCCUGAAGAUGUCAUCACAAAAACAGAAGUGGUCCAUGCUUUGCCAGGCACUGAUGUGACCCUGGCAUGCAGCUUCCUAAAACCACACAACACCUACAUAAUCCAAACACAGUGGUCCAAGACUGAUGGCACCCAGCUUACCAGAAUAGCUGUUUAUCACCCCAUUUAUGGCACCCACUACUUCACGUUUCCUGAGGCUUCCUACAACUUUUCAGUGUCCUUCAGCGUGAGGAAGUGCUGUGACCAGGGUGAUGCAGAAGCUUUGUGUCCCCCUGAUACAAACACCACAGUUGAGUGCAACCAGUGGGCUCUACAUCUGACAAACAUUACCACCUCCCUCAGUGGCUACUAUGAGUGCAGCUUUUCUACCUACCCCCAUGGGAACAAAGCUGCAGGAAUUCAACUCAUUGUCAAGGCAGAAGAGGAGCAGCACUACAUGAAGGAAGUGCAGUUAAACCAGGCUUUAGAAAUUCCAUGCCUUGAGAACACCACCUCAGAACAUUUGUCCCAUUAUCCUUUGAAGUGGCUAGUGGAGGAAAAUGGCAGGAAAGAGGAACUUGUGAGCAAGGAGCCCUUCCAUCCUGCGGUGUACAGGAACGGCAAUGCGCGGUAUGGGCAGAGACUCCGCUUGGCUUCGGAUAAUGCUCUCAAGAUUUUCCCUACCAAAAUCAUGGAUGAUGGCAGGGUGUUCUCCUGCCAUGUGAUGCACCAUCCAGAGAGAGUCCAGAGGAGCAGCACCACCGUGAGAGUGUUCGCCCACCCCGAGAUCUCUGUUAGCCUGCAGGAGGGCUCACCUGACACCUUGCAAAAGACCAACAUCAGCUGCGUGGUGAGGAACGCAUUCCCCAAGCCAAGCCUCCUGUGGUACAUGGACGGAGUGAGCCUGACAGAGCAGCCUGGAGAAAUCUCUGUUGAACAAGACAGUGAAGGUUUCUAUCAGCUGAGAUCAACGCUGAUGUUGCCGGAAACCUACGAGACACAUAGGACAUUCUUGUGUGCAUGUCUGAUUCCCUUUCUUGGGAGUGAAACACGGAACAUUUCAUCAGAAAAAAUUCUUGUUUCCUUCGACAAUAAGUCUAAUGAAGCUUCAUCUGAAGCUUUUACAACCAUGGCUUCAGAAGAGCACCAACCCACAUCUUUGGUCUCUCUGGGUUUCACAAGUCAAGUAACUUUGGCUCCUGCUUCCACGGCACAAGCAAGAGUGCUGACUUCUGCUCCAGAGACAAAAAGAGGCAUCAGCCCCACAGCAUUUAGGGAGAGUCUGACAACAGCAGGUGACUUGUCCUUCAGCAUCACAGAGCAGCCAGUUUCAGUUACCAGAGGGAAAGAUUUCUUUACCACAAGCAAGCUGCUCAAUAGCACUGGUGACUUGAACAUGAAAGGCAGUCACUUCCCCUGGCCAACUGUGGUAGCCAUCCUGCUCCUCUUCUGCAGCUUUCUAAUAGUUCUAGGCAUCAGGAAAUGGUGUCAAUACCAGAAAGAGAUUAUGAGCAGACCUCCAUCUUUCAAGCCACCACCACCACCGAUGAAGUAUGCCUCCAUGGUGGAGUCUGAUGGGACUGCCCCAUCCUGCCAUGAACUGGAGAACCUGUGA